GUCCUGCCCAGGCAGGGGGUCGGACCUGAAGAUCUGCAAGGUCCCUUCCAACCCAACUUCUGUGAUUCUAUGACAUUGCUGGAGCAGCUCCUCUGUUGCGAGGGCGCAGCGGGGCAGAGCCGUGUGGCUGCGUGAGGGCUCGGGCAGAAGCUGAGUACUUACCUCGCGGCUCCGGUGUGGGCGUCUGUAACCCUGGCUGUGCUGACAUUGCUUAGCGCCCUGCGGGGCCCUCGUGGCCCCCCCAGGUUGAGAAUCACUGCUGCAAACAGUACAAAAUGCAGCUUCUGGACCAAAAAGGCUUGCAGGCAGGUAUAGAGAAGACUCACGCGGGAGUGGGGGGCAGGUGAGACACGAGGGCGAGAGCUGGGCCUGGGGCCUGGAGAGGACCGGGCUGGCCCAGCAGGAAGUCCCACGUGGACGGCAGGCCGAGGGGAGAGAGGAGGACCAGUGUCCGGGGCUGCCACUGAGAAAGCCCCCAAGGCAGAGCCUGCUCAGCUGAGCCGCCUUCUGCAUUUCCCUCAGGAAUGGCCGAUGGCUUUCUCAUGGAGGUCUGCGUUGACUCGGUGGAGUCUGCUGUGAACGCGGAGCGCGGAGGUGCUGGCCGCAUCGAGCUGUGUGCUGGCCUGAUCGAGGGAGGAACCACACCGAGCGUGGCAGGGCUGCUGCAAGUGGUGAAGCAGUGCGUGCGGGUCCCAGUGUUCGUGAUGAUCCGUCCCCGCGGGGGCGACUUCCUCUAUUCGGACCGCGAGGUGGACGUGAUGAAGGCAGACGCCCGCCUUGCCAAGCUGCACGGGGCCGAUGGGCUGGUGUUCGGGGCCCUGACUGAGGAUGGGCGCAUCGAUACGGAGCUCUGCAUGGCCCUGCUGGGAGCCAGAGCCCCUGGACCUGUGUCCAUGCUGUACCUGCCCAGCUGCCCCACACCAGCUUCUGAACCUUCCUGUCCUCCCAAAUAUUCAAGAGAAAACAUCAGCAGUGGAAGAAGGCAGACAGUGGGUGAACCCUGCGUGGCUAAACAGUGGGGGCCACAGCCCCCCUCAGACCCUGGGGAGGAAAGAGGCUCACAGUGUCUCCUCUGGGAGCUGCAGCCAGUGUGGGAGGCUGGGCUGUGUCUGGAGCUGUGGGGCCAGGCUGCAGCUGGCGCCCUGCAUGAGGUGCAGUGGGAGGAGGGCAGGUCCCUAGGACUUCCAGCUUACAGGCACUGGGCGGUCUGUUGGGGCCAAAGCGUUGUGUGGGGAACACAGUGGAUUUGUUUCUGCAGGAACCCCCUGGUCCUUGGAGCUGCCAGCGCUGAGUGCUGCUGCCCGAACCCGACAGCCCAGGCAGAGAAACUGCCUGUCCUGGCAGAAAGUUUUGGGGCCUCAGGAGAGUCUGGCUUCAGCUUUCCCAAGCAGUGCUGAGCCAGGCCCUGCUGCCCCUGAGAGGAAGAACUCCUUUGGGACAGGCUAGAAGCGGUCCCUGCAGGGGACGGUGUCUCUGGCAGGAGCGAGCGCCCCUCCGUGAAAGGCAGAAGCUCUGGGUGCAGUAGUUGGCCUUGUUGCCGUCUCUGUGUGAUGGGGAGGCGCAUGCUGGGCUUGGAGAGCAGCUGCUGUUGACACUCCCUGGAAGUGAAUGAAGUCCUGGUGCUCCCUGGUGUGUCCUGCCCCAGGAGGCCUCAGGACUGCCCAGGGCUCACGGCAGUCAGGGGGCACACAAUAUGCAAUCCUCAAAGAGGCAGGGCAGAUGCUGACACGCUGCUGCCAGCAUGGGUAGGGGCAGUCACCAUGGGAGAGCACGUAUGUGGGGGAACAUGGACACUGUUGGUGUCCAGGGAGAGGGUUCUGCAUUGGCUGGGUUUCUCUGAAAGUCCUUGGAGAUGUCCCUGGGUGCCUUGCAGUGGGACCUGCAGGCACAUGCCCAGUUUAGCACUGGUACCAGGGCCCCAUGGAGGAAUCUCUGCUGCUGGCAGGCAUUUCAGCCCUGUCCCUGCUGCGUGCCUUGUGCUUGGCUCCCAAUUCAGGUAUCAGCCCAUAGCCAUGUUCCCCGACUUGCUGUGUGCAGUGUCACUGGACCAGAGAACCACCCCUGAGCCUGGGAUCCCUGGGCCCCGCCCAGUGCAGCAGGGGAACCUCCUGGCACAGCCAUCUUCCCUGCAGGGCUUUGCAUGGCAGCCCUAGAAGUGUUGUCCCUGGGCAGGGACCUCUCCUUCCACGUGAAGCCUUUACUGACCAUGCACAAUCCU